UAAGAAAAGUCACGUGACGGCCACAUGACGCGGAAGCAGCCUGAUUUGUUUGAGCGUUGUUGUGUUUACAUCAACAGCCUCUGGUUCACGCGCCGCACGGAGUGAACGAGUAAACAAAACAAAACCUUUAAAGUUUGAAUGAUUCCUCCGCGUUAAAUCCAUGUGACCGUUCCAGCUCAGGAGCGGGGUUUACUUUCUUUGUUCCGACAGCUGUCUGUCACCAAAGACGCGCUGCAGCGAUAAGAGGAAACUCUGACACCGGUUUGGAUGAAGUGACCAUGAAGCAGGACAGUGAUGCUGUGAACGUCCCUGCGUGCUUCAUAUCCAACCAUGAAGGUUUCCUGGGAAGCAUCAAGAACUUGAUCAAAGACUUUGUGGUGACUGAGAUAGACAUCCACGGACAGUGUGUAAACACAGCAGCUGCUGAACACACACCAGCCUGUGCCUCCUCAGACAGAAACUAUGAAACCAGUGCAGACUUUAAGGAGAACUUCUUACAGGAUGCUGAUGAUCCAGCUGAUUGCGGGGGAGAUGUCACCAUACCGAGUCCGGGCAGUUUUGACCUGAGUGUCAUUUUAGGUCAGUCGGUCAGCGAAGAGCUCGAGCAGUUUGUGUUGACUCUCAAAGAUGAAAAACCAACCAAGCAGGAGCUCUCUCUGGGAUACUUCUCCGACAAACACCACAGAGCAAACGUCCACCGGGCCGUCAGACACCGCUUCCCGUUCCUUAUGACUGUCACGAUUCAGCCCGAGAUCAGGGUCAGGGAAGACCCAGACUACAGAGAGCUGUCCCAGCUGGUCACAGAGGACGAGGCGGAGGACUUCUUCAGGUUCAUAGAUGCCAAGGUGCGAGGAUCAUCCUAUACGUUUGGACCUGACGACAGCAAGGAGCACAGGACGGCGGUCCACCACUUCCUGAGCCGGAGGUUUGGCAAACUGGUGGAGACGAAAAGCUUCAGCGACCAGGGGACGACGGCGAUCUCGGUUAGGCUGAGAGAGCAAGGGAGGCCGAAGAAGAGAACCGCCGAGGAACGUAAGGAAGAAGACGUUUACACAGCUUUCACUCUGUGUAAGGAGAACCUGGAGACCCUGGAGGCCAUCAGCUACAUGGCAGCAGCUCUUGGUGUCCUGCCGUCAGAUUUCACCUACGCUGGGAUCAAGGACAAGAGAGCCAUCACCUAUCAGUCCAUGGUGGUCAAGAAGGUGUCACCUCAACGGUUGAAAGAGAAGACAGCGGAGUUCGAGAAGAGAGGGAUGCGUCUGUCUCAGAUCUGCUCCGUCAGCGAGCCUCUCAGGCUUGGCAGACUGCAGGGGAACCACUUUGACCUGGUGGUGCGUGACCUGAGACCGCACGGGACCGGUGACACGCACUCCUCUGGUGCAAACACACACAGUCGCCUAGCGAGGCUGGUACAGGAAGCAGUGGGGAAUGUUGAGACCAGAGGUUUUGUCAACUACUACGGACCACAGAGGUUUGGGAGCGGGCAGAGCGUUCAGUCUGACCGCGUAGGACUGGCUUUACUCAAAGAAGACAUGGUGGGUGCUGUGCGUCUCUUCUUCACUCCGGAGGAAGGCGAUGAUCCUCAGAGCCACGCGAAGAGACACUUCCUCCAAACAGAUAACGCUAAGGAGUCUUUGGCAUUGAUGCCGUUGUCGAAGGCCAGGGAGCGACUGAUGCUCCGGGCCCUGAACCGCUACGGCACAGGUCCGGAUGGUUGUGCCCAAGCCUGGCUCAGCCUGCCGCACAGCAUGAGAGUCUUUUACCCACACGCCUACUGUAGCAGUGUGUGGAACGAGGCAGUGGCACACAGGCUCACUACUCUGGGCCACAGUGCCAGGCGAGGAGAUCUGGUGUGGAUGCAGCAAGAGCCCAAAAAAAUGGAGGACUCUGGAGAGACCAGCUCGCCUCAGAUCCACGUGGUGACAGCCCAAGAGGAGCAAGAGGGAGUGUACACACUGGGACAAGUGUUGAUACCGAUGCCGGGAAACACUGUGAAGUAUCCAGAAAACUCCAUGGGCACUUGGUUCCAGGAGAGACUGGCCAGAGACGGACUGGACGAGUGUCGCUUCAGAGUCAGCAGCCUCAAACUAAAUCUGCCCGGCUGCUACCGCCCCCUGCUGGCUUUUCCACACAACCUUUGCUAUCAGCUGCAGAGAGGGGAGGGAGGAGGAGGAGAGGUGACAGGAGGCAGCAGUAGAAGAAGUGACUGGCAGCUGAACGGCACGACAGUCGAAGGGAAGCAGGACUCGCUCACUCUCACCUUAAACUUCGACCUGGACUCCUCCUGCUAUGCGACCAUCUGCCUCAGAGAGAUCAUGAAGUGUGACGUCUAGGGACGUCGUUCCUGUUGUAUUUCUACAUACUUAUUUCUUCUUGGUUUUUAGUGGAAAAGAGCUUUUUGUAACCCAUCAUUGUGAUACGUUAUCAGUAGCUUUUUGGUUUGUUGUUGAAGUAAUGAUCAUAAGACUGUAAAAAAAAGAAAAAAGAAUGUGCAACUGAUAAAACAAAUGUGAACAAUUCUAAAUGUAAAACAGUGUAAACAGUAUUUG